UGGGGCUGGGACGUGGAAACUGACGUGGAGACGGCCCAAGGCAGCGAGCAGGGGCAGCGAGCAGGGGCAGCGAGUAGGGGCAGCGAGCAGGGGCAGCGAGCAGGGGGCGCACAGGCUGAGCAUGAUUGGACGGCGCAGCAGGUUCCUGUGAGGUCAGGAAUUCUCACGGCCAAUCCACCGGCGUCUGCCUGGCGUUGAGUGGGGUGUGACGUAUAUGGAAGGAGCCACGAGAGGUUCGCUGCCCUGACGUCAGCGCGGCUACCCUCUUAAAAGUGGCCUAUUCCUCGCACACGGUCCACAGUCAACUCUCCUCCCGACUCCUCGCAACUCCCCCGCCCUCAACUCACGACCGCUUACGACAAUCCACAAUGGCCGCCGGCGCUGCUGUCCCAGGCCUCUUCUGCGCCUUCGCCGCAAUGGUUCUCUUGAUCUUUGCAUCAGUCUCAGCACCAACAUGGGAACGGAUCUCAUUCCUUAACGCCCCUACAGGCGGAACGACGACACACUUUGGUGUGUUCGGCUUCACUGGGUCAAAAGCACACGUGGGAUGGUUCUUCCCAAGUGGCCUUGGUGACAGCAAGUUAGACGACGGUCUAUUCCACAACCUCACCUUCACCCUUAUUCUCAUACCCAUCGCCGCCGGUCUCUCUGCUCUUGCCGUCCUCUUCGGUCUCUGCGGUGCUGCAUACCACCGUGCGGGCACCGUCCUCAUGACCCUCGUCAGUGCGCUUGCCUUCCUCGUCACGCUCGUCGCAUGGGUGCUCGAGAUGGUGCUCUUCGGUAUUGCCCGCGAUCACAUGCGCAACCGCAACAUCAACGCAACUUGGGGCAACGCCAACUGGAUGGUCCUUGGCGCACUCGUGGCUCUCUUCAUUGCCUUCUUGGCGAGCCUGGGCGGUUCGUUUGGCCGCUACAGCACUCGUAGGACGUAUUAAACCAUCUCCCCGCGGACCGUUUGCACGAUUUAUCAAAUUUAAGUCGACACUAUCUACCUCUUUGCCACGUCGAUCUUGCCUUCGAAUUUUGCUGCUAUGCGAUGAAUCUGUACCACCACCGACUGUCCUGUACGCACCCGCCUCGAUGCCAUACAAUACCUCCUUGAUUCCCCUUACGCCUCGAGCACUGCUGUAUUGUAGACCAGACAUUCUCGUUCCUUGUUGGGGUCGUACCCCGGGAAUUUCGCG